UUUACAGUUGAAAUAUUGAAGAGAAAAUGGAAGAACAUAAAGGACCAUUACAGAAAGGAACUUGAGAAAAUUCCACCAACUCGAUCAGGAGAUGCAGCUAAUGACUUCGUAUCUAGUUGGAAACAUUUCCGUCAAAUGUCUUUCAUGAGAGAUCAAAUUCAGCCUAGCCGAAGUGAAUCUAAUAUCACUACUGAACUAACAAGUGACAGUGAUGUAAACGACGAUACGCAAGACUCUUUUAGAAGUGUCGCAUCACCGUUAUCGAGCAUAGCAGUAUCUUCACCAGCACACUCUCCGGCUCCACCUUCAGUUGCAUCAACUUCAAGUCGAGGAAAAAGGAAGAAGUCAGCUAAUGAACUGCGCGCUGAAUUCUUGGCAAUAGAAAAACAGCGACUUUUACUACUUCAGAACAAAGAAAGUACACCCAGUAUAACGCAAGAAGUACCAAAGUCAGAUGAUUAUCAUUAUCUGAUGAGCUUACUUCCACAACUGGAACAGUUUAAAGGGAUUCAAAAGUUACGAGGCAGAAACAAAAUAAAUUCCAUUAUUAUGGCCGAGCUGCAACAAGAAAGUUUGCCAGAUCCAUAUAUGACACAAUAUGGUUAUCAUAGUGCACCGCAAGAUAAUUUGAAUUAUUACUAAUUCUUUUUUAUUUCUAACAUUGUUGAUUCUUAUUAAAAGUUUAACUAUUCUACUUCUUCUAUUCAUUAAUAUACCUACAUAUAAA